CAGGAACAGCGCAUGUUUGAAUUACUUGACAAACAUGGGACACACUGUGCAGCGUAUUGUCGUCAUUCUUCUCACGAACGCCCUCUACAGUACAGAAUUAGAUACCGAGUGCCGCAAAGAUAUUACUUUCGUAAUGGAAUACAAGUCAUCACCUUGGGUAGGACAUUUUUGGUGUAACGGAAACUGCAGGUACAACAGUGUAUGUUCGUGCAAUGCGAACUGUUGGUAUAACAGGAACUGUCAGUAUAACGGGGGCUGUUGGUAUAACGGGAACUGUUGGCACAUCUGGGACGGCUGCUGCUACUGCACGGAGGACUUCCUGGACGGCGUCCUUGACGUCAGUGACCUGACUGCUAACGUUCACGUACUCUUCAAUGGUCAUACAUACGGUUAUCAACUGACCUGGCCUCGGACAACAAGCGGCCAAUGCGGAGCACAAAACUGGCACUCUCAUCACCAGACUCUGUCCGGCCUUCUUCAGGUUGUGAGUGGUAAUUUCAUGACAGGAAGACCCGAUGUUCCUGACGUGAUCGUUCUUGUCGCUGAGAGCAAAACGUUAGACGUGAAGGAUGACGUCGCAAAGUCUCUCCGUGACAACGGCAUUCUUGUCGUUGUGGUCGGCGUUGGUGAUGACGUAAACCGGUCGGAACUGCUGUUGUUAGCCACAGAUGAAACGUAUUUGUUGAUGGUCCAUGAUAGACUCCAACUGAAGCAUUCUAUACCCAAGAUCCGCGAGAUGGCGUGCAGUUCAUGUCAGAAAGAUGUUACCUUUGUUAUGGCUUGGGACGAAGUCUCUCCUGGUCGCCAAUCCUUGGGGUGGUGCUCUGGGGGGCUUGUAUCCGAGUUCGUCAAGACUAUCGACAACCAGCUGGAGGUGACCUCAGUCGACUGGUUGCCAGAUGGCAACGCCAAUGGCUGUCAAAUGAACUGGCGAGACUUCUCCACCAACUGCUCCUGCCACAAGUCGCAAUGGCCGGAAUUAAGUCCUUCUCUGCUUUUUGAAAACAUCAUUAACAGAUUCUCGAACCUCAGACCGGAAUAUCCGAAUGUGGUCGUCUUAAUCACCGACAGGCGUGUUGGAUUUUCUAUUGGAGAUACACAAAUAUUUCGUGACAACAAUGUUCUUGUGGUGACAGUGGAGAUUGGAAACACCGGAAGUCAAGAAGAGUUACGGGCCUUGGCGACAUCCAGCAACGUUUCCUUCACCUUGGAGAACUGGAGUUCCCUGACAGGGCUCAUCCCGGAACUCAGGCACCUUGUAUGCCACGAUUCAUCAAUUCAGCCGAAGAUUGUAGCGUGUGGAGACAGCAGGAUAGACGUCACCAUCCUCGUUGACCUCUCGCACAGCAUGACGGGAUAUGUUCCAUCCAUGAAGACGUUCUUGACGACGUUCCUGACGACGCUCAGCGUCACAGACAAGGACCAACACGUGACCUUGAUAACAUUCUCGUCAAAUGUCAAAGUUGUCGUGGAGAACAGUGUCAACAUAUCUGACCUCCUCGCCGCCAUCAACGACCUGAAACCUCAGAUGGGAGUGUCUGAUAUGUCCGGAGCUUUAACUGAGGCCUUUUAUGUCGUGAAGAGGUCACCUCGGCUUUAUAUGGACACUGGUCAGUCUUGUCCAGCAUUGGCGGCUCUUAUUCUGUCCGACGGCUUGUCUCAGAGUAGAUCUGAUGUUCUGAAAGCAGCAACGAACUUAAAACGUGUCGGUGUCAGGAUUUCCCUGCUGUCAUUUGGAGUCGAGAGUACAGUCUACGAAAACGAGGCUAUAACCUCGAACCAUUACACGUUUCAUUCUUUUAACCGGUCCAUGAACUCUACCCUCCUGAAUGAACUACACUCCGACAUUGUGAAUGGAACGAGUGAGGUCCAGUCCUCCGUAGCUGGAAGUGAUUGCGGCUAUGAACCAGCCAACGUUACGUUCAUAUUCAAUGUUCAAAGUGAAGAUUUCAUUCAGACGUACGUGGGAGAAUUUGUAAACUUUACCAAGCCAUUAUCCAAUCAUCCACAUAUCAGUGUUUUGCAUCCUUUCCACAUUUCCUCUACGUUACCAAAUGACGUGAGAUCUCACAAAACUGUCAGCUCCACCUUAUUAGAAAUGCUUGAGGAGGUCAAGUUCCCGACUGACGUCAACGGCGCGACUUGCGUCAUCAUCGUCAGUGACGAGAAAGUGACAGCGCCUGCGCCCCUCUUCCGGCAAAUAUGGCGUCUUGCUGACACGGGGUCAAAGGUUAUGUCAGUUGGAGUUGGCGAUGAUGUCAACAAUUACGUGACAGAGCGAAUUGCUUCAGUGCCAAGAUAUGCCUUUUCUUCAAGAUCCGUUUGGGACAUCGACAUCCCACAGAACAUGUGGAGCAGGUAUUGUGAAGCAUGUGGCUUCACUCCUGCCAUCGAUCUGGUGUUCCUCGUGGAGGCAAGCACUCAGACAUUCUCUCCAUGGAACGACGUCCUCAACUUCCUCAUUGGCGCCUCCGACAACUUCCCCGUCGGCAGACACAACGUCAUGGUCAGCGUGGUCACAUUUGGUCAACAGACGGUGUCCCAGAUCCGGUUUAACAGCUACACCAACAAGAUGGAGCUGUUCAGAUCCAUCCGAAGUCUCCAGCCUCGGAGAGGGCCCGCUGAUCUCUCAACAGUCCUGCAGGAUGUGGACUCCUUGUUUGCAGGUGCCCGCGGAGGAAGACCUGAAGCCAAAAAGGUCGCAGUCCUUGUCAUGGCGCAGAUGAUAACACGCGUCAACAGUACUGGUGAGAACACUCAUGUUAUCCUGCUGGAUAUUGGUGACAAGAUAAAUUAUUCUCCAUCCAAGUUUGUAAAGAGUUCUGAUAUUUAUAUACAGACAAGAGGGGCAGAUGAUCUGGCGAGGUACAGCCGAGACCUGCGUGGUAUUGUAUGCAGCAAUGAACCAUGAAUAAGGACCAUGCUCACAAAUGUGAUAAACACCAAGCAUCCUAAUAUCGGUUGAGGUAAAGAGUUUCUUUAAAGGAAAUAUUGUCUGAACAAUAACUUUGGAUUGUUUUAAUAAGUUCCUGACAAUAUAGACAAUGUGUGUUUGACAUUAUGUAUUCUUGUUAUACGAUCCUAAGUGGAUAAGCUUUUAGCAGACCCUUGUUGAGAUUUGAUCAAAGUUUUAUGGUAGAAUGUAUUGACGUUGUCAACAUUUAGUGUGUGGAAUACCUGAGCGAUAUUCCUGUUAUAUGACCAGUUGCAUGAGUAAGUGAGUAUUUUCGUCAUAUGUGUAUGAAACAGAUAGGCACACGAAUGCCAUGAAUAGUGAAUAUCGUUGUUUGAAAAGCCCAUAUAGAAAUCAUAUAUAGCAUGCAAGACAUGAGCAGUGAAUAUCGUGUUAUAACGCACUGACUCUGCGCCAACCUGUCCUUGCCUAUUUAUGUCGAGCACCAGACAGGGUAACAACAAGUACCAUCUUUUGAAGUCUUUUGGUAUGGCGCAGCCUGGGAUCUGAGUCAGUGUGCUGUGUCUGAGUGGGGUAUUCAUGUUAAACUAAGGUAUGGUAUCUUAGUGGGCUAGCACUAUAAAAUGUGCAUUGGUCCUGACUAGUUCAAGAGGACAUGCGCACACACACACACACACACACACUAUUGUGGGAUCGAGCCCCGAACGCAGACGCUCUACCUCUACUCCACGGAGGCGAUCUCGUGUUAUAAUGCACCUAUGUAGGAACAUAUAUAGUAACAUGAUGUUGUUUGUUGUUUAACGCCGUACUCAGUAAUAUUAUAGCUAUAUGACGGCGGUCUGUAAAUAAUCGAGUCUGGAUAUGACAAUCCAGUGAUUGACAUCAUGAGCAUCGAUCCACGCAAUUGGGAUUGAUGACUUGUAUCAACCAGACUAUGCCUAGCGAUAAGCAUAGUCUCCUUUUACGGCAAGCAUGAGUUGCUCAAGACCUUUUCUAUCCCGGAUCUUCACGAGUCAUUGUAAUGUGUGUGACAUGAGUAGUGGACAUCGUGUUAUAACACACCUAUAUAGGAAGCAUAUAAUUACAUUAUUUUGUGACUUGCUUUUUGAUUGUACUGCUUAAUUGUUGUUUUACCUGUAAUGCCCUGUAUUACCUAUCAUGCCCUGCAUUACCUCUAAUGCCCUGUAUUUCCUAUCAUGCCCUGUAUU